AAAAAUUUAGUUAAUUUAUAGUUGUGAAAAGUUAAUCAUUAAAAAAAAGUACUUAAACAUGUUUAUUGAAACCUGUAUAGCACCCGUAAAUAUAGCUUUAAUUAAAUAUUGGGGAAAACGAGAUGAAGAAUUGAUUUUACCGAUAAACGAUUCAUUAAGCAUGACCCUUAGCACCGAUGAGAUGUGUGCAAAAACUACAGCUGCUGCUUGUUCAACGUUUAAGGAACAUCGUAUGUGGUUGAAUGGUGAGGAGGUGCCAUUCGAAGAAAAUCCUCGUAUUAUGAGAUGUUUGAAAGCUUUACAACGCUUAGCUUUGGCGAAAGGAGAAUCAUUGAAAUUCCCCCUAGAAUGGAAGCUGCAUUUAGUGUCACGUAAUAAUUUUCCCACGGCCGCUGGUUUGGCCUCAAGUGCUGCUGGUUACGCUUGUCUGGUCUACACUCUAGCCUCCUUAUACGGCAUCGCCGAUGAAGAGCUAACAGCGAUUGCUCGCCAAGGCAGUGGCUCAGCUUGUCGUAGUUUACAUGGUGGUUUUGUGAGAUGGCAUAUGGGCAAAUUGGAAGAUGGCAGCGAUUCUGUAGCUGCACCCGUGGUAUCGGCCUCACACUGGCCAAAUAUGCAUGUUUUGAUUUUGGUGGUUAAUGAUGGCCGUAAAAAGACCAGCUCCACCAAGGGCAUGCAACGUGCCGUGGAGACUUCAGAUCUCAUCAAAUAUCGUGCUAAACAUUGUGUGCCGCAACGCAUUAACACCAUUACGGAUGCUAUAAAACAAAAAGAUUUUGAGACAUUUGCCAAAAUAGCCAUGCAAGACUCAAAUCAGUUUCAUGCCAUUGCUUUGGAUACCUAUCCCCCCUGUGUGUACAUGAAUGAUGUAUCGCAUGCUAUAGCCUCGUUUGUGCAUGCCUACAAUACGGCCGUAGGACAUACUCGUGUGGCUUAUACCUUCGAUGCGGGACCAAAUGCCUGUUUGUAUGUGUUAAAAGAACAUGUAGCUUCUGUAUUGCAAGCUGUUAACAAAUCAUUUCCCAAUGAUAACUCCUCCAAUGUGGAAUACUUCAAGGGUAUACCCAUAGAUAAAGAAUCCUCUACUGCUUCACCUUCUGCCCAUGAUGAUAUACUUUUAAAUGGCAAUUUUUCAUUUGUCAUUAAUGAACGCAAUCUACUUAAAUACAUUAUACACACCAAAAUCGGUUUGGGACCACAACGCUUAGCAAAAGAUGAAAGUCUCUUAAAUUCCACUACUGGUCUUCCAUUUUAAAUUGCAAUUCCACAAAACAGCAAGUAAAUAAUACAAAGAACCUGCAACUUUAGAGUGAAAAAUUUAACUUCGAACAAAGAAACAAACAAACUAAAAACGCUUCACAUAGUAAACGAUGACAAUAACGAAACAAUUUUUUUUUUAUAUAUACACUUUAGUAUUAAUCAAUAAUUAAAUGUAUGAUUACGUAGUAAUCCAAUCUACAUAAAUAUUUAUAUUUAUAUAUAUAUUAUUAAUUAAUAUGAUGUAAACAUAUACAAACCAUACAUAAAUAUUUACUUGUAAAUGAAGAGAGAAAAUCAAUUGUAUUGUGUACUUGCUUUCCAAGUAUGUAAAAUUAAAAUUUAAGUAGAAUAAUUAUUUGUAUAUUCAAUACAAAACGCUUUGCUUACUUAACUUUUUUUUAAAAAUGCUAGCAAAAAUAAAACAAAGUAGUAGAUGGAAAUUUUAAACAAAAAAAAUAUA